CUGAGAGUCUGAGUCUGAGCAGCAGGUGAAAGAAAACACAAACCCACUGAGAUGAAAAGCAGGACGUGAAUUUAUGUCGGACACAUUUCUGAGCGAAGAUCAGCGACACUCCACUGGAUCACAGCUGCAACAUGACAGGUGCCACAAAGCUUCUGGACGAGAUGUGCCACCUGACGGCUCAGACUCUGACAGCAAUGGACACAUCUGAGCACUUCAAGGUCCUGAAGCUCCUGGGUGAAGGCUCGUAUGGGAAAGUCAUGCUGGCCGUACACAGGACGAGAGGUACUCCGAUGGCUCUGAAGUUCUUCCCUCGGGUGUCCACCUCUCUCUUCUCUUUCCUGAGGGAGUAUAACUUCUCUCUGUCGUUCUGUACACACCCAUCCCUCACCAGAGCUUUGGGAAUCGCCUACUCCACACCUUCACACUUCGUCUUUGCUCAGCAAGCAAGCCUCUUUGGCGACCUCUACGACAUCAUCCUGCCUGAGGUCGGUAUGGAGGAGGACUGUUGCCAGCGUGUGGUGUCCCAGCUAUGUGGCGCAUUGUCCCAUCUGCACUCGCUUGGCUUUGUCCACAGAGACCUCAAACCAGAGAACGUCUUCCUGUGCGACUCCACCUGCCGCUGGGUGAAACUGGGAGAUUUCGGCAUGGUGAAGGCCAGAGGCACCAGGGUCCCAGAGGUCUGGUACAGUUCUCCCUACUGCCCCCCUGAGGCUGAGAUUGCUCGUGGAAAUGAGGACAGCUGGAACAGCAUCAGUGAUGAGAACAAUGGUGUUAAGGAGGACAAAGAGGAGAAGAAGCCCAGAGUUUGGGUGUCAGUGGAGCCGAGCACUGACAGCUGGGCGCUGGGAAUCCUAACCUACGCCAUGCUCACUGGCAGUCACCCCUGGGCUGAAACAGCCAGCGACUGCCGCUCAUACCUCAAAUAUCGGGAGUGGUUUGACAGUGCAGUGGAAGCCCAUGAAGACAAACUGGACAUGUGGACAGAGCUACAAAGAAAGAACGCUCAGGAUUCCAUUGAUUCAGUUGGAGCAGUCAGACCUAACAUUGCACCACAGUUUGCGUGCUUCACUCCACUGGCCCGGUCCUUCUUCCAGUCGCUCCUUGACCCCAGACCCAACGUUCGGGGACAACCCGAGGACGCGCUGAGUUUCCUCGGAGGAGACUGGAUGAUGGAGAAGGAGAGGGCGAGGCUGGAAGAGGAGAGGAAGAAGAAGAGGACAGAGAAGGGAGGGAUCAGACACACAAAGGAAAACGAAGGCAGAGGAGAGCGAUAAGCAUAAUACAUAAUACUCUGACAAUUUACUGUGUAUUAAGUUUAUUUUAGUACACCAAAAACCCAGUGGGGUUAUAAGAAACGGUAAUAUAAAGUGUACAAUGAAUCAGUAAUAAAAAAAACAUUCUGUGGUUUGAAUAUGUAUAAGUUGAAUAUGAGCUGUAUUUUUUUUAAUAACUUUAAUAACUGUUGGUCAAACGUGACCAAUAAACACUAUUGUAAUUAACUUUUUAUGUAAUCAAAAUUGGUCUAAAAUUAUUUUCUA